UUAGGGAAAAAACAAAGAAAAGAAAAAGUUGCGAGCAAUAGCCUUUUCAUUUUUUUACUUAAUCAUUGUAAAACUCAGCGCUUCAUUUCCGCUACCCAGUUAUACUUCCUGGUUUCUCUACCGCCGAAACGAGAGGCGAAGCAGAAUUCUAAAUUCUAAUAACCCUUUUCAAGGUUUCCAAAAAUAGAUAGUUCGUCUUCAGUUUUGCUUCAAUCCCUGUAAAUUUCCUUCAAGUAUUCAUCACUUUAAUCGCAAGACAGGUUAGCUUCUGCACAAUCUUCAUUUAAUUGCAAUGUUUUUUAUUCAAAAUGUCUGUAAAGUUUGCAUCUUUGAUGAUUUCUAGUAAAAUUUCAAGAUGGUUAUUUUCAGUUAAGUGUCUCUCUUCAAUUUCUAGUGUAAAUCAUGCUCAAAAUUUAUCAAAAUCCCCCCAAAAUGUGCUAACUAGGAGUGAAAUUGAUCCUAGAAUACAGUACUUGAAAAAUGAAAAUGGGUUGUCCCCGGACAAUUUGAUCAAGGUUUUGGAUAGUACUCAUGAUCUGAAUUCAGCUCUUAAAGUGUUUAAAUGGGCUUCUAUUCAAAAACAGUUUAGGCAUACUGCUGAAACCUAUUCUAGGAUUAUUUUGAAGCUGGGUUUUGCUGGAAAUGUGGAUCAAAUGGAGGGGUUUUGCAGGGAAAUGGUUAGGGAUAGGUGCCCUGGUGCGGCGGAGGCUCUAGGAGGUUUGGUGGAUGUAUUUGUUGGUGAUGGUAGGUUAGAUGAAGCUAUUAGGGUAAUUUUGGUUAUGAAUUCUAGUGGGUGUAAGCCCACUUUGGGUAAUUGGAAUGAUCUUUUAAGUGCUCUAGUAGAGAUGGAGAGAGGUUUUCGUGAUAUAUUGUUGGUUUAUAAGGAGAUGGUGAAAUCGGGGACUCUUCCAAAUGUUGAUACUUUGAAUAAUUUGAUAAAAGCGUUAUUUGAUGCAAAGAUGGUUGAUAAUGCCCUGGAUCAAUUUAGAAGGAUGAAGAAGAAGGGGUGUGCUCCUAAUUGUAGGACUUUUGAGAUUGUUAUACAUGGUCUUGUGGCCACAAACCUUGGGGAUGAAGCACUUGGAGUAAUGAAUGAGAUGUUUGAAAUUGGCGUGAAUCCUGAUUUGAGAUUCUAUACUAGUGUCAUACCACUAUUAUGUAUAGAAAAUAAGCCAGGAGAAGCCAUGAGGUUGUUCGACAUGAUGAUAACUUUAGAGUUGGAGCCUGAUGUAUGCAUCUACUCGUCUAUGGUCAAAUGUUUGUGCAUGAAAGACCUCAACAAAGCAACUGAGCUUUUCCAUGAGAUGAGAAAUGCUGGGUUUACUCCUUCAACUGAUGUUCUUGUUGACAUUCUUAGUGCAAGCUGCAAACUCGGGAGCAUUGACGAGGCAAGAACUUUGUUAGAUGAUAGUCAUGUUGUUGACCCUGCUCCUUACAAUGUGCUCCUUCAAGGUUACUGUGAUGCUCAUUACUUCCUAGCUUCCAAAGAUCUACUUCAAAAAAUGCUAAACUUGGAUAUGGUGGAUCAUCUAUCCUGGAAUGUCCUUAUUCUAGGACUUUGCAAUGAAAAAUAUGUUAAGCAAGCCUGUGUUAUUCUUGGAAAGAUGAUUGUUUUGGCCUAUGAACCUGACUUUGCUACUUACUCUGCCCUGGUCAUUGGCAAUUGUAAUUUGAACAAGUAUGAGGAUGCUCUAAAGCUAUUUCGACUAUUCAGUGGAAAGGAUUGGAUUCUGGAUCCUAAUUCUUAUGAUAAGCUAAUAAAAGGACUUUGCAAUGUAGAAAGUUUGAAGAGGCCUCUGAAGUAUUCAUGUUCAUGUCAUCAAGAAAUUGUUCCCUGCAUUCCUCUUCAUUCAGCAGUUUGAUCAAGGGUUUUUCUGCAACUGGAAAGGUAGAUGAAGCAAUCAGGUUGCUGAAAUUUGGUCAAAAUUGCCUGAAUUCUGUAAACACCAUGACUUGUACUGCUAUAAUGCAUGGUCUGUUAAAACUCAAUAGGCCAUAUGAGGGCCUAACUUUCCUCUCGCAAAUUCUAAGGCGUGGUUUGGUUCUCAACAUGGAAGCAUAUUGCAUCCUCAUUCAAUGCAUGAUUGCUUUAAGAGAAACAAACUAUUGUGUUUUGUUUUUCAAUGAGAUGGUUAACAAAAGCUUACUCCCUGAAAGUGAAACACUUGCUAGCCUUUUGUUGCAUUUAGCUGAUCACUCUCAGUUACAUAUAAUAUGGAUGACAAUAAAAAAUAUUUGUCAGGAAACUGAGGUUAUUGAACCGAAAAUUUAUAACUUGAUAAUUAAUGGCCUUUGCAAAGAGGGAUAUAAAUCUGAGGCAUGCCAACUACUUGAUUUGAUGUUGGAAAAGGGUUGGGUUCCAGAUGCUAGUACGCAUGGAUGGCGGAUUGGAACUGUCUCUAAUCAAGAAGUAGAGCUUCAAAUAUUAGAACCUGACAUGGCCAACAAUUCAGUCAUGCAGGAUGAAGUUAGUAGCAUACUUUCUGAGGGAUUAGGGGAAGUUUAAAGAACAUUGUAUUCCAUAUAGCUACGCUACAGCUCCAGAUUGCUAGAAUCUUUCUCUGGCCAAUUCACUUGCACCAAAAAUGCUGGUAGAUUUGGCUCUUAACUCUUUAAGUAUGGCCAAAGGUAGAAACAGCCAGUUGCCAUCAGUCAACCAUUUGCCUGUCAAUUAGUUGACAUUCAUUCAUUCAGCAUUUCGGCCACUGUAAACUUGGUGAGAAGGCAGUAAUCACAGUGAUCAAGCAUUACCUAUGUUGACAAAACAUGUACCAUGGAAUAUUUUUGGCCCAGAAAAAAGAGGCUAGUCAUUCAGUCCAUAUAUUCUUCCUGUUGAAAGUCCAGAAAUUGUUCUGUUUAUUCCAGAAUAUGUUAUAAUUUUGGAAAUUCUAUUAUUUUUACACUAAAAUGUCAAUAAAACUAUUGUAAAUAAUGUGUGAAUAAAAAAUUAAAAUAUUAUUGUUUAUGUUCCUCUCGAUUUAUUCUUCCAUCUGGACUCGUUCAUGUAUGCGUUCAUUCACGACUCACAGUUAUGUCCUCGUUACUUUUUAAAUGCUGCAGCAGCACACUUCAGACCGUGUACUUGGAUCAUGUUGAACAUAAGAAGUGUGAUUAUUGCAUGAACAAAUAGCAACAUCAUUUAAGUUUGAAAAAUGCUACAUUUAGAUAAAACUUGUGUCUACUGUCCCAC